AUGUAUAGGGUGGAGAUAAAUAGUGGCUCCACAUCUUUUGUUUGGUAUGAGAAAUGGUCGCCUCUGGGAAUUUUGAUUGAAGUAACUGGAGAAAGAGGAAGUAUGGAUUUGGGCAUUCCUAUAAAUGCCACAGUUGAAUGGGCGGUUCAGAGAUAUAGAGCAAGGAGACAUAGAGUAACUACUCUUCAACUGAUUGAUCAAGAAGUAACUGAUCUACAAAACAAAGGUCUUAAUCAGUUGGAAGAUGUGAGUCUCUGGAAGCAGGAGGAUGGGGAUUUCAAAGAAAGUUUUAGCACAGCUCAAACUUGGAAUCUUAUCAGGGAGAAAUCGCAGAAAGUGACUUGGAGUAAGGGAUUAUGGUUUCCUGGAGCCACUCCAAAGUUCUCUUUUCUAACUUGGAUAGCUGUUCAUAAUAGAUUAGCAACGGGAGACAGAGUAUUGAGAUGGAAUCCUCAGGCUAUAUCUACUUUUUGGCUAUGCAAAAUGGCGGCAGAAACUAGAGAUCACAUAUUUUUCGAGUGCUCUUACUCAAGAGAAGUCUGGUAUGAGACCAUUAAGGAUAUAGCGGGAGUUAGAAGACCUUAUCAAUGGAAUAGUGUGAUUCAAGAUGUAGUGAAUGGUCUAAAUGGGAGAGUUAAGACUUUUCUACUGAGAUAUUGUUUUCAAGUUGUAGCCCAUGCUAUUUGGCAGGAGAGAAAUAGAAGAAGAGUUGGUGAAUCUUCUCAACCAUCCUCUUGCCUGAUCGCAAAGCUUGAUAAAUUGAUAAGAAAUAGAAUCACCUCGUUAAGAAGAAGAAAUGGAGGAAAACAUGAGAAGACUAUGGAGGUUUGGUUUAGUAGAAGCUAA